AACUCUAAUAAUAACUCUGGUCCCCGCCGCAGCUGACCCCACAGCGCCCCCUGCCGGCGGCCCGCGGCGCCGCGCCUCCCCGCCGGAACACAGCCAGCUCGACGCGCUGCGCAGGCCGGACUCCCGACGGCCCCCCCGCCCCGAGCAGCGAGGACGGCACCAAGAUGUCCGACAUGGAGGACGAUUUCAUGUGCGACGACGAAGAAGAUUACGACCUGGUAUCUGAAUACUCAGAGGACAGUAACUCCGAACCCAACGUGGACCUUGAGAACCAGUACUACAACUCCAAAGCCUUGAAGGAGGACGAUCCCAAAGCGGCUCUCUGCAGCUUCCAGAAGGUCUUGGAGCUGGAAGGAGAAAAAGGAGAAUGGGGCUUCAAAGCAUUGAAACAGAUGAUCAAAAUCAACUUCAAGCUGACUAACUUCCCGGAGAUGAUGAACAGGUACAAGCAGCUGCUGACGUACAUCAGAAGUGCCGUCACGAGGAACUACUCUGAGAAGUCCAUCAACUCUAUUCUGGACUACAUCUCCACCUCCAAACAGAUGGACUUACUGCAGGAGUUCUACGAAACCACGCUGGAGGCUUUGAAGGAUGCAAAGAAUGACCGAUUGUGGUUUAAGACGAACACAAAGCUGGGGAAGCUGUACCUGGAGAGGGAGGAGUACGGCAAGCUGCAGAAGAUCCUGAGGCAGCUGCACCAGUCGUGUCAGGUAACGGACGACGGGGAGGACGACCUGAAGAAGGGAACGCAGCUGCUGGAGAUCUACGCCCUGGAGAUCCAGAUGUACACGGCCCAGAAGAACAACAAGAAGCUGAAGGCUCUGUACGAGCAGUCGCUGCACAUCAAGUCAGCCAUCCCCCACCCGCUCAUCAUGGGCGUCAUCAGAGAGUGCGGGGGCAAGAUGCAUCUGAGGGAGGGUGAGUUUGAGAAGGCUCACACGGACUUCUUUGAGGCCUUCAAGAACUACGACGAGUCCGGCAGCCCGAGGAGGACGACGUGCCUGAAGUACCUGGUGCUCGCCAACAUGCUGAUGAAGUCUGGCAUCAACCCCUUCGACUCCCAGGAGGCAAAACCGUACAAAAAUGACCCGGAGAUCUUAGCCAUGACGAACUUAGUCAGUGCAUACCAGAACAAUGACAUCACUGAAUUUGAGAAGAUCUUGAAGACGAACCACAGCAACAUAAUGGACGACCCCUUCAUCCGGGAGCACAUCGAAGAACUCCUGAGGAACAUCAGAACUCAAGUGCUGAUCAAACUCAUCAAGCCGUACACCAGGAUACACAUCCCCUUCAUUUCUAAGGAGCUGAACAUCGAUGUGUGUGACGUGGAGAGUUUGCUGGUGCAGUGCAUUCUGGAUAACACAAUCCACGGGCGAAUCGACCAAGUGAACCAGCUGCUGGAGCUGGACUACCAGAAGAGGGGCGGGGCUCGCUACACCGCGCUGGACAAAUGGACAAAUCAGCUGAACUCGCUCAACCAGGCCAUCGUGAGCAAGCUCACAUGAUGGCCACCAGAGACACGUGGGACACAUCCACAACAUAGGCCACUGCAACAUUCUCUGAGACAAGAUACACAGCACAGGAUUUCAGGCGUAAAGAAGGCGUAAAGAAGACGUGAAGAAGGCGUGAAGAAGGCGUAAAGAAGGCGUAAAGAAGACGUAAAGAAGGUGUGAAGAAGACGUGAAGAAGACGUGAAGAAGGCGUGAAGAAGGCGUAAAGAAGACGUAAAGAAGGUGUGAAGAAGACGUGAAGAAGACAUAAAGAAGGCGUAAAGAAGGCGUGAAGAAGACGUAAAGAAGACGUAAAGAAGACGUGAAGAAGGCGUGAAGAAGGCUCCAGGAACACGUGCUCAGUGUUGUGUUGUCGUGAUGAGAGGGCACUUAUUUCUCUGUUGUUUUUUUAUGUUCCUGAUUGGCAGAUUCUUCCAUGUGCAACACACAAACGCUUUAGUUGUUUAAAAAAAGAAAAGAAAAAAAAAAGUCCUAAAUGUGUAUGAAAGUGUACACACUAUUUUAAUGUAUUCUGUUGCCUGUUGGUAAUAAACAGAUUUCUCUCGGCA